CAACACCUCAACGUGACCUCUGUAACACACCACCUUCUAAAUCUCACCCGCUUUCUCUGUUUCUCACAUGACCCGUUUGCCUUCUGUUUAUUAUUAUUUAUUAAUUUCCAUCGCAGCUUUUGACAUUCUUUGUCUCAACAUUACAGCUCUUUCCCUCUCUUAAACUAAUCGUCUCUGUCCUCUUCUCUUCCUUCGUCUUUAUAAGUUCUGUCUUCUUCUGCUUCUUCUUUGUUGAACUGUGCUCUGAAAAACAUGUACAAGGAGGAAUCUUUCCCUCAGAGAAGAAGAACUCCGUCUUUCUCCUCCAGCCUUCUUGACGCCAUUUAUCGCUCCAUUGACGAACCAAAAUUCGGUCUUGGUGAAGAUCUUGAAUUGGGCGUCUCGAGACAAAGCAAUUUCAAGCAGAGUGUUUACAUGGAAAAGGCAGGGAAAGUGAGGAUGAAUCUUCGUCGAGCCGUUAUGAUGGAGGAUUGGAUGGAGAAACAAGGCUCUCUGUUGUUCAAGUCUUCUUCAAGCUCAUCGGAAUGUAGCUCUCGUGGUGCUGCAUUUUCGUUCUCAGAUACAGAGGCCAGCUUCAGAAAACUGAGGCCAAAGCUCAGAUCCGAGGGGAUCACCCAGAAAAAUGAGAAGCCUAAGAAAGCGAAGCAGCCAAUUUCACCGGGGAGUCGAAUAGCUAGCUUCCUGGGUUCCAUCUUCAAUUCUGGGAAUGUGAAGAAGGCCAAGAUGUGCUAUGUCGGGGCUGUAGAAGAUGUCGGCCUCGAAAGAAAAUCGAAAUCUCCGUCUUUAUCCACUUCCUCUGCUUCUUCAUUCUCUUGCAUGAGAAAAACUCCAAAAGGCAAGAAGUCCGGCAAUGGAAGUGCCAAGCGAUGCGUGAGAUUUUACCCAGUUAGCGUAAUCCUAGGAGAGAACGAAAACUCUCAGCCGUGCCAGAAUAAUCCAAACAGUGUCCGGAAAUUCCCGAGAAAUCCUUCCAUGAAGAAGUUGAAGAGCUGCUCUGUAAUGGCUAAAGAAAACAGAGUAGACACAAAACAAGCAUGUGGUGAAUUACAUUUCAGAGGGCUGUAUGGUCGUAACAAUGAACAUGAGGUUGAUGAAGACGACGAUGCUUUGAGCUGUUCGAGUUCAGAUUUGUUCGAGCUGGAUCAUCUUGUUGGAACUGCAAGGUACCGAGAAGAGCUUCCGGUUUAUGAAACUACGGAUUUAGAAACUAAUAAAGCCAUUGCCAAUGGUCUUCGUUUGUAGUCUUGUAACCUUCAAAGACAAUGUCAUUCUAUUUCAUUCCUCACUUUGUGGAAUUAUUUCAUUCAAUUAUUUUUGUUUUU